UACACUCGACACCGAACAACGUAGCAAACAAAUCGCACCGAAGCAACUAAACUUGUAUCGUCGAGGUGCACGACGAUCAAACAGUUUCGAGACGGGUCACGUGUUCUCCUGGUCACUCACGUGACCCCUCGGCGCGGACCAAUCGGGUGGCGUUUUGUCCUGGCGAGAGCAAAAGCAAGAGGGUGGGGAUCAUUUUCCCUUUUGCGAUUUUUAAUCUGCUACACCAUCGGUGGACGUUGUCACCAUUGUCAUCAUUCUGCCCUUCAGAAAGGUGACCCGUUGACCAACUGCACCCUCACACCCCCAUUUUCCCUACAAACUCCUCUCAGGCGUGACCACCUAACAUCCCCUUCCUCUAACAUCUGUCAUGGAGCCCAUCAAGGUCCAAUCAGAAGGUGGACUGAAUGUGACCCUUACCAUUCGGCUGCUGAUGCACGGCAAGGAGGUUGGAAGUAUCAUAGGAAAGAAAGGGGAGACAGUGAAGAAAAUGCGUGAAGAUAGUGGCGCUCGUAUCAACAUCUCAGAAGGCAACUGUCCCGAACGGAUAGUCACCAUCACUGGGCCUACGGAUGCCAUCUUCAAGGCCUUCGCAAUGAUAGCCUACAAGUUUGAGGAGGAUAUCAUCAACUCUAUGAGCAACAGUCCUGCCACCAGCAAACCUCCUGUGACUCUAAGGCUUGUGGUGCCAGCUAGCCAGUGUGGCUCUCUCAUUGGCAAAGGAGGCUCCAAAAUAAAAGAGAUGAGAGAGUCCACUGGUGCUCAGGUCCAGGUAGCAGGCGACAUGCUACCCAACUCAACCGAGAGGGCGGUGACCAUUUCUGGGGCGCCGGAGGCCAUCAUACAGUGUGUCAAACAGAUAUGUGUGGUGAUGCUGGAGUCCCCACCGAAAGGUGCCACAAUCCCCUACCGUCCCAAGCCUGCCUCCACCCCUGUCAUUUUUUCAGGUGGCCAGGUAAGAGCAGACCCACUGGGGGCGUCCACAGCCAACCUCAGCCUCUUACUGCAGCACCAGCCACUGCCUGCUUACACCAUCCAAGGACAGUAUGCCAUCCCUCAUCCAGAUCAGUUGAGCAAGCUCCACCAGUUGGCUAUGCAGCAAACCCCCUUUACCCCCCUCGGACAGACCACCCCUGCCUUUCCCGCAGCAGGUCUGGAUGCCAGUAACCAGGCCAGUACUCAUGAACUCACCAUUCCCAAUGAUCUAAUAGGCUGCAUAAUUGGACGUCAGGGAACCAAAAUCAACGAGAUCCGUCAGAUGUCUGGGGCACAGAUCAAAAUUGCUAACGCCAUGGAAGGGUCAUCGGAGCGCCAGAUCACCAUCACAGGGACCCCUGCCAACAUAAGCCUGGCCCAGUACCUCAUCAAUGCAAGGUUUCGAGACGUUGCGGCCAUGUGGAACGACCCAUCCUCCAUGACCACAUCCUGAGCUCCCUGACUGGCUCUUCCAUCUGGCCCUUUCCAACAACUGACGACGCCCUCCGGACUCUGGCUCUGGCUCUCCGAAAACCUUGAACACCGGCCGCCCUGGUCCUUUGCGCACCAGUGAGGGCCGAGCGCUCACUUUUAUUUCAGGGAGCCAAUUAAAAAAAAAAGAAAACUCUCUGUUGAUUUAAGUUUUUGUUUUAGAGAACAGUUGAAGCAUGUUGAAUGUUUAUUAGCGACGACUUGUGUUUCUUUAUUCUUUCUGUUCAUCUAUUUUUCUCUGUCAGUGCUGCGUCAUAGAACAUUUAAGAAGUAAAAGACUGAACAUUUUGUAGAAGUAGUUCUUUGCAUUUAUUACAGCUCAGUGAUGCUAUCGGCAGAGUGUGGUGGGAUGUAGCCAAAUUUUUAUAAUCUACCUUAGAAAAACAGAGCCUUUAGAAAAGAAUAUUGGACUAUUCCACCUCUGUCCGGAUUUGCAUCUUUGUCAAAUUACAUCACAUGACCCUUUUUAGCCAAUGGUAUCACUCCUGGAGCCUCCCUUUUUUGUGUUUAUCUCCUCUAUUUAUGUACAUUAUUGCUCAUAUUGCAUGUGUUCAGUGUUGUAUUGUUGUGUAUUUGAGCAGAACCUGUUCAGUGGACCUUGAAAUGUUAUCUUUGUGCUCCUGCUAUUUUCCACUCAUGUUUUAAGCUUUUUUCGGGCCACUCACUUGUAGUCCUAUACCCUGCCCAGACCUAUAGCCUCCUUCUAUUACUAGUGUAUACAGUACAUGCAUGAAAGGAAAUUAGACAAAACUCUGACUGACUGGAAAUUUUAAUGAUUGUUUAUGAUCAUACUUUAUUUGUUUUGUACAAGGACUUUUAUGACUAUUUGUCAACUACGCGGCGCUCAUGCAAUAGACGAUACAACACUUUACUCUGGACUGCCUCUGAUAUGUGAGGGGUUAGUUGGCCUCGGGUUGCGUCCAAAACCUUUUGGCUUCUUGCCUUAGUUGUUUUGAUGGAAAAACGAAAGCUCUGGAGGAAAAAAAAAACAGUGAGGAAAGAAGCUUAACCAUACCAUUCCACCUAAAGGGUUUGGACCAAGCCAAAUGGUGUUUAGAGGCCAAAGAAUGUUCAGGGGUUUGUUGGGGGGCGGGAGGGGGGUACCCACGGGGGCCUGGGCGGGCUUGACCACUCAGUCUCUUUUUCACGAUUGUUUAUUUGUCACGUCUCUUUCAUUGUUCAUUCGACGCUUUAGGUUUGAAUGUCUUUUUAAGGUCACAACUGUGUCAGCAACUUCAUUGCUCUUGAUUUUUUGGGCGCAAGUCAGGUGACAAACUCGUUUUUGUUUGUUCAUCGGUAAACUCAAGCUAACGAAAGAGAAGGAAAUAUGUUACUUAGUCAGAAAAGCUCAAACUCUGCUAAAAGCUCAAUUCUGUGUUGAUGUACACAAACAGCUGUUGAAUGUUACUGUCCAAGUCACAUGAUCUACUGUAUGUCCAACACGGCAACCAUUGCUAUGUAUGACUUUUAUUUUGCAGUUUGCCAAGCCUUUGACUACAAAACGGACCAAAGGCUGAUAGGAUACAUUGCCAGUGGUUAUUCUGCAAUAAUCUUACAGUUUGAUGUGAUAGUUGAGCUUCGCAAGGUACAAUAGUUUUGAAUUUCUAUUAUUUGGGCUGAAUAGAAUGUCAAAAGACAAGUUAUUAUGCUUUGCAAAGUUUCAGAAUUAUGCACAAAAAAGCAGAGUGUGUUCAUUUUUCUUGUAAUGCUGGUUCUCUUUGCAUUUUGACAUAGUCUUUCGUGAUGGCAGAGCAGGAAUACUGAGUUCAAGUGGUGGUAGUGUGAUUUCAACAUCAAUAUUCAUGUACCAUUAUGUAUUUGGAAAAAAAUAUUUAUUUACAUUUGUGUAUAUGACUGAAACAAACUGCAACUAAUGCAAUAAUAGGGUGCAAUGUGCAAUUAUUUAUUCAUUUUUUUUCUCUUUUUGACUUACAGACAGAAGAGCUUUGUAGCUUGUAAAAUGUUUUGUUCUGAAAUCUAUUUUCCAUGUGGCAGGAGGUUUAAAAAAAGAUUUUUAUUUUUCAGCUUCUGUUUGUGUGUUGCACUGUGUAUUGCAGUUUGGGGGGAAAAAAUAAUGAAGUUCGUAACUAUUUUGAUUUAUUUUGCUCUGUGCAGAUCUAUAUUAGUUGUGAGUACUAUGUUUAAUUUCAAAGUGUUGGUAAGUAUAAAAACAAAUAAAGUUUCAGUUUUUCUUUCUGUGACCAUGUGUUGCCGUUUGAA